AUGCGGCUGUACCUCCUCCCCAUCUCUACGGGGCGAUCUCUCCUUUAUUGCAAAAGAAUCGACACACGGUCUGCGAAAGAGCUGAGCCGUCUUGACCGUAUUACUCAGAAAGCAUCAACUACCUGGGCGAAGUGGGAGCAGGCGGAGCAGGCCUGGAAAAAGAGGUUGGUGGCCUAUGGAAACCGGGUGUUGCAGCGCAUACCAUACGAAGAAUGGGGCCUGAAGAGCGUGCCUCCAUUGAGCACGAGGAGGCAAACUGAGGAGUUGCAGACCCAUACCCAGGUCUCGCUCGUUUACCCUAAGGGCAUCAUCCAGGAGAGCAAGGUCCUGGACUUGCUGAGAGACUUGGCUACCGCGAGACAACGUUUACACCGGAGACGAAUGUGGUGGAGCAUAUUCAUUGCGCCAUUGAUGCUGCCUGUUGCACUCAUACCUCUCGUCCCUAAUAUUCCUUUUUUCUACUUCGUAUACCGUGGAUGGUCGCAUUGGAGGGCAUUGAGCGGCUCAAAACAUCUUUGCUUUCUACUUGACAACAACCUCGUUACACCGAGGUCUCUUCCCGCCUUGGAGAAAUUUUAUGCCCAUCGCCUGAUGAUCAACAACUCCGUUCCUCCUGAAGCAAAUUCCAAGACCAACUGCCCAAACGAAGUGAUCCUGUUAGAAGCAUCCGACGGCAGACAAAUGGCUCAAAUAUUGGGACCUCAUGAACUCGCCGCUGAGAUAGAGCGAGCAGUGAGGCAAGUAAAACAUCUUCAUCAGGAAAAGAAAACGUCCUGA